CAUUGUAACCGGUGCUAGUUCUGGAAUUGGAGCAGCAAUUGUGGAUGCCCUUGUCGAAAACGGUUUAAUUGUGGUAGGUAUAGCACGUAGAAGUGAGCUCAUUAAGAAUCGCGCCAAAGAGUUAUUAAACAAAAAAGGGAAACUUUAUGCUUUUAAAGUUGAUCUUACCCGAGGAAGACCAAAUUCUAUCGGCUUUCAAAUGGACUGAAGAGAAUUUAGGGCAUGUCCAUGUUCUUGUUAAUGACGCUGCGUUUGUAUCUGAAGAGUUAUUAACAGAAGGAAAUACUGAAAUCUGGAAAAGGAGUUUCGAUGUAAAUGUAGUAGCCCCAUGUUUUACCACACGGGAGGCGGUUAAAAUUAUAAGGAAAAAUGAUAUCAAAGGCCACAUAAUUCACAUUAAUAGUGUUGCAGGACAUAAAGUUUCACCUGUCCCUAAAAUGAAUGUUUAUGCAGCCACCAAGCAUGCAAUUACUGCUCUGAGUGAAACUUUAAGACAGGAGUUAAAUGCUUUGGGUAGCAAAAUUAGAGUUACCGUUUGUAGACCUUUUGUGUUUUGUCCCGGUCUUGUAGUGAGUGAAAUGACGGUUCUGAGUAAGGACAUAAGUGAAGAAAGAAAGAAGUUGUUCGAAGUUCGUCCGAUUUUGCAAGCUGAAGAUAUAGCAGAUGGGGUUGUUUAUGUUUUGUCUACACCAGAACAUGUCCAAGUGCUUGAACUGACGAUCAAGCCAGUUGGUGAACCUCACUAAGUUUGCGGUACAAACAAAACAACUUCACCAUUCA